UCUGCCUCUGACUGCAUUCAUUUUUGACAAUUGCAUUUUGAAUUGCAUAUCCAUUUUGCAUUUGAGUCCUACAUAAAUUUUUUCUUUGGUUUAAACCUGAUAAAUUAUUUUUUAAACAUUUUGAUAAUUACGUCAACAUUUUUCAUUUACACACUCACCCAUUCAUUCUCCCUUUCAUCCACUCAUGUUAUGCAUGUAAAGCACAUGCAUCAAGGGCAGAUAAUCUUCAAAUGAAUACUAUAUGACUAUUAACAUUUACUUGAAUCAUUCAUUUGAGUGAACUGUGAACACUAUGCAGUGAUUUUCAAGGAGACGCUGAAAUUCAAGUGAUAUAACUGUGAAAUUUAGUGAAAAACCACAAUAUUUGUGAUUUGCAUAUAAAUAUUGUGAAUUGUGUACCAACUGAAAAUUCAGCAUGGGAGACAAAAUUUCUGAGGAGGAAGGAAAGAAAAUCAUUGAAGCAUUUGAAGCUUUGAAAUUAAAACCAAAAUGCGAUACACCAGACGAUCUCAAGAAAUGGCUGGAGGAGAAGUCGCAACUUGGAGCAACAGCGAAAAUAAAAACUGAACAAACAGAUGAGACAACCAAACAGUAUAUGAACUUUCCUAGGAUUUCAACAUUUUCUGGAUCGCCGAGAGGAGAAACAAGUUACGAACUAUGGCGCUACGAAAUCCAAUGUUUACUCAACGAGAAAGUAUAUAGACAUGAUCAGAUUCUACAAGCUAUCCGCAGAUCAGUGAAAGGAGAAGCAGCCAACAUCCUCAUGAGACUCGGACCAGGAGCAACAAUAGAUAGCAUCAUUCAGAAAAUGAACUCCAUCUACGAUACUAUUGACAGUUGUCAAAGAAUACUUGGACAAUUCUAUAGUGCACAACAAGAGGAAAAUGAAAGUGUUUCUGACUGGGGAUGUAGACUAGAACAGAUCAUAAAUAAAGCUGUGAUGCAUGGUGAAGUUCGACAUUCUCAAGUUGACAAUAUGUUACGUCAUGCAUUCUGGGAUGGACUUAGAUCUGACUUGAAGGAUAUAUCUGGAUACAUCCAUGAUAAAAUUCUGUCAUUUGAUGAACUUAGAUCAGAACUAAGAGCAAUUGAACAGGACCAUGAGAGAAGAAAAGUAAACAAAGGAAAGAAAACUGGACCAACCGUUAUGAGUGUAACUCACGAAGAAAAUGAAGCUUCCGGUAUGGAUGACAUCAAAGGGAUGCUACUCAAAUUAACAGCUGAUGUGCAACAACUGAAAGAUGAUCGUUUACAGCAACCUCAGCCUCCAUAUCAUAGAAACUUCUUCCCUAGAAACAAUGGAGCACGCUUUCAGCAUCCAGUUGUAGCUCGUCCACAAGUACCCAUACAUCAACAACAGUUUGGACAACAACAACAAAGUUCAUUCAGAGAUGUGGACAGGAAGGUCACGUGCAGUAUGGAUGUCGAGUGAGAACAGACCAUGUCAGCAGACCGUUAAACUACAGAGGACUAGCAUCGAGAGGCAGACGCUAGGCCACGGUCAACCAAUACAGAGCCUCACUGAAUUACAACAACAAAUACCAGGACUGA